UCACAUGACCCGAGUCCGUCCAUGUAUCGUUAGCCUGUUAGCAGCUAGCUGCGUUAGCGCCGAGCCUUUGGAGUCGACCAGGAAACGGUGUGACCUGACGUUAUCUGGAGCCAGUCCAAAGAGCCGAGGAGCUGUCACACAUAAUAUCACACCAGUUGUUUCGUGUUUUAUCCCUCGUUCAUUCCGCAGCGGCCUGGUCUAAAAGUGGAAUUGGUUGAACGUCACCUACAUGGCUGCUCACAUCAACAUUAAACACAUGAGCAUGUGACCACGGCCCAGGGUCUGCAGCACAUGAUCUGGACAAGUGGAGGAGGCCAAAAUCAACCAGGGGUAAAUUCUGAAUUAUAACGUGGUCGAACGGGAGGGAACAGCCAUGACAACAAAGACAUCUCUGCUGAAGGUGAUUCUGCUGGGUGAUGGUGGUGUAGGAAAAAGCUCCCUCAUGAAUCGUUAUGUCACCAACAAGUUCGAUGCACACCUUUUCCACACCAUUGGCGUGGAGUUCCUCAACAAGGAACUGGAGGUAGAUGGCCACCAGGUUACCCUACAGAUCUGGGACACUGCUGGCCAGGAGCGCUUCCGCAGCCUGAGGACUCCUUUCUAUCGUGGCUCUGACUGCUGCUUGCUCACCUUCAGUGUAGACGACAGCCAGAGUUUUCUCAACUUGGGCAACUGGAAGAAGGAGUUCAUCUACUACGCAGAUGUCAAGGAGCCAGAGAAGUUCCCGUUCGUAGUCUUGGGCAACAAACUGGACGUGACGGAGAGGCAGGUGUCAGCUGAGGAGGCUCGGCAAUGGUGCCAGGAGAACGGCGACUUCCCCUAUUAUGAGACCAGUGCCAAGGAUGCCACCAAUGUAGCGGUGGCCUUUGAGGAGGCAGUGCGCAGAGUGUUGGCAUUGGAUGAAAGAACGGACCACCUCAUCCCCACAGACACAGUCAAGCUCCACAGAAAGCCUCGCUCUGCUGCCACUUGCUGUUCAUAACAUCCAGGAGUUAUCACUAACAUUCAUUUGCUGUUCUGCCUGUCAUGUGAUGAGGCUGUAGGUGCACACUGCUGUAGUGACAUCUUAUUUAAACAAAAGAGGCAACUCGCUUUAUGAUUUGUCAUACUGUUGAAGGUUUGAUCAUGUUGAUAGCUAGACUUUUGUUUGAAGAGAAAGAUAGGAAACACUAAAUUGGCCCCCGUCUAAUUACAAAUAAACGUGAACUAACUGAAUCUCUCAGUCAGUCUGCCAUAGUUCAAAAGGCUCCGGGGGGUAACAAAGAAAUUGUAUUGUGUUGGUACAAGACCACCUGUGAGUAACUAAAAAUAUGUCCUAAUAGAACAGAAGCAGCCAGUUGAAAAGUUUAAUUUCCUCUCAAAUGGAUAAAUGUUUCAUUCUGUGACUCUUAACAUAUGUGUGUGAUGUGUACUACCUUGGAGUGUGAUUAUCAAAGGGUUUCUGAACUUCACUCCCUAAUGUAAUGCAGUGAUGGCCUAUAUGUUUAUAUUCACAAGAUAACUGCAUAAUUAAGUAAUUUAUACAGCCCAAUAACCUUAUUUCUGAGAAUUAUUAAGUAGCUAUGGCACUACUUUGUGUAACUAACAACUGGAGGCUUGUUGUGAUUAUUGCACCUUUAGUUCUUGUUUGUGCACAUUCUGCAUUGUGAAUAGAUUAUGGCUACGUGCUGGAAGCACUGGGGGACAAGAUCCCUAACAGAAGAUAAAUAUUAAAGCAAAGAUAACAUGCAUGGCAUAUGGUGUAUUUAAGUUUCUGGAAACUUUGUAUUUUUUAAACUGUUUUUACCUUAUAAAUCACUGAAUCGAUAUUUCCUUGAGGUGAAAUGAAAUAGCAGCCAUGAUUGAAUCAACUUUUUUUAUUAUUAAUUAUUGGGUUUAUUGUUUUAGGUGAUUUUGAUCUUUAAAGCACUCUAUUAACAUUUUUUUUAUACUUGGAAAGUCCCCACAGCUUAAUAUUUGAAAUGGUGAACCAUUUACCUUAACUGUUUCUCAUUCAGAUUUCCUUUAUAUUCAAAGUUGUACUACUGGUAUGCCAAACAAUAAAUAAAACCCCUGAGAAUGG